UAAACAGUAAUCACGUUACAACCCGGAAGUGUUGCCUUUCUCCGAUUAACGUUUUGAAUAGACGAGAAUGAGCAGUUUAUCUCAUGAAGAAACGAUUAAAGGCGAUGCUGCGGACGUCGGGUCGCUCGUUGAUAAUCGUGUUCGUGUCCUAAUCUUUGUGGUUUGAGGCGGAGGCGGUCGAGUGUGAGCAGCAACGCCCCGAUGAGAGCCACCCCGUCGGAGAACAAAAACAUCCCCUCCGUGUUUACAAACCGACCCACAGAAAUCAUUUCCCCGCAGAGGGUCGUCGGCUAACCGUGCGGUCGUGUGAGUGUAACAUCAGACGAAAAGGAAGAAAAAAAAACCACAAAAACAUGGCUGAACUGCACGUUGUGGAGCAGAGCAGCACGGGCACCAUCGAGCAGCCGGAGCACCGCGACGUCCGCGGCUCAAUGCGCCUGGCGUCGCCCACUCUCAUGCUCCCUCCGCGGGGCAGCCAGCUCAGUCCCGGCGGGGUGUCGAGCGGAAGCGGCGGCGGCGGCGGACGGUCGUUGUUCGGGUUCCCGGGGAAGAACAACCCGAACUCCCCGUCCGAUUCUGCAGACAAGCCGGGCUCACGCUGGGUUCGUCUGAACGUCGGCGGGACAUAUUUCAUCACGACGAAGCAGACCCUGUGCAGGGACCCCAAAUCCUUCCUGUUCAGACUGUGUCAGGAAGACCCGGACCUGGACUCCGACAAAGAUGAGACAGGAGCCUACCUGAUCGACAGGGACCCCACGUACUUCGGCCCCAUCCUGAAUUACCUCCGACACGGGAAGCUGAUCAUGGAUAAAAAUCUGGCUGAGGAAGGUGUUCUCGAGGAAGCCGAGUUCUACAACAUCGCGUCUCUGGUGAGGCUGGUCAAAGAGAGGAUACGGGACAACGAGAACCGGACCUCUCAGGGCCCCGUGAAGCACGUGUAUCGAGUACUACAGUGCCAAGAGGAGGAGCUUACACAGAUGGUCUCCACCAUGUCGGACGGAUGGAAGUUUGAGCAGCUUAUAAGCAUCGGCUCUUCUUAUAACUACGGGAACGAGGACCAGGCGGAGUUUCUAUGUGUGGUUUCCAGGGAACUCAACAACUCCACCAACGGCAUCGUCAUCGAGCCCACCGAGAAGGCCAAGAUCCUUCAGGAGCGAGGCUCGCGGAUGUGAAGAGACCCUGAUCCUCAAACACACUUAAUCAACAACAACAAAAUAACAACAAGAACAUUUCCCCCAGUUUUUAUCAACCGGCAUCAUCAUCAUCAUCAUCAUCAUCAUCCUCCUCCUCCUCUGGUGUGCCUUUCCACAGCGGGGACGCCUCCACGACGCCCCCCCACCCCUCCCUCAGUCCUCGUCCUUCAGAGCUGCGACGGGACCCCGGCUCGUCUCCUCGUUCGUCCUCGUCCAUCGCAGGCUGUGGGACACUUUGGGAGGAUUUUAAAAAAGAAAGGAAAAAAAAAAAAAAAAAAAAAGGAAUCACGAGUGAGAGGUUGUUUUUUUCUUCACAGCAGCUUUUUGAUGGUCAGUGUGGAUACGGUGCUGAUUGUUGCCCCCUUUUUUUGUUAUCAAUGGAAGAAGGAUGUACUACCAAAACAUCUUCAUCGUUCUCAUCUGCGCUUUUUAAACCGACCGGGGUGCGUCCUCUCUCUCUGACACGCUCGGCUCCGUCGACUCAGCGGGAAAAAUCUCCUCAGGACUCUCACAGCAGGACACCACAACAGGAAACGAACACUGACAGAGCUUUCUUUCUGCACACGAGGGGAGCGCCGACGCCCGCCGACGCCACCCGCCUCCAUCUCCGUGCACUCCCGGAAUCCUCGGCCCCCGACGUCUGAGGUAAAACAGCGUCGCUUCAAAACCGAGCCAGGAGCAGAACGGGAUCGCUGCGUUUGAGCCGUCCCGCUGCAGCGUCUCCUCCACGUUCUGUGUAUUCAAAAACAAACAUCUUACACACACACACACACACACACACACACACACACACACACACACACACACGUCUUCUGUUUCCUGGUUUUUGGGGCUCGACUCGAUCUCUGGAUAUUUCCGCGCUGACGAAAAAGCAGAAGACUCAAAAAAAAAAAAGACUUAACCUGUGUACAAUUUGUCAAGGCAUGUGAGGACUCUAUAUAACUCGAUAUAGGCUACAUGAUGAAAUUAUAUGAGAAAAAAAAAUCGAAUGCAA